AUGCUCAACUGGGUUGCCACCAGGCCCAGUGGGUACCACUUCACCAACAACCUCUGUACUCCCAUCAUUGCAUACUGCAACAACCUCAUGCUCCUCGCCAACCGUGCCUCCAACAUGACUGUAAUAUUCUCCCAACUGCUCCAAUUUUCCAAAUGGACUGGUUUGGAGUUCAAUCCCACCAAGUCCACAUACACGUCGACCCAAGCCAGCUGGAGCGACCACACAGUUUACAUGCGUAAAAAGGUCAUCGCCCACCUCAACCUGGAGCGUAAUCGUCGACUCACCAUGGACAAUCAGAUAUAUCUCACCAACAUGGUCCUCAACGCCCACGUUGCAUACGGCCUGCACAGAUGGUCGGACAUCUUUCGCAAUGGCGUGCUACUCCCGCUACCCCACAUCACCCACACGCUGGGCAUCGCCCUCACUGCCCAGGAAUACCACCUGAUCGCGUCCUCGGCCACUCUCGCCACGCCCAGUCGGGCCGGUCCGGUUGAGGUAGCCGAGGCGCGCCUGAGGGAGGUCAACCGAUUUUCCAUCUCGGCAGAGGAACUGUGCGUCGGCGAGUCGGCUGCCGGCGCGGUGUACUACGGCAAGGGCUCCCACAAGGCUAGAUAUGGUGCCUUACCCGUGCGGGCCGUGCGCCACCACUUCUACUGGCGCCGCGCGCCGGGAGGACCUACCCCCAUCCCGGCUCCCGCGGCUGCUGCCGCUGACACUAAUAGAAAGGUCAAGUGGCUUGCCAGGCAACUGGUCGACCAGGGCCAGUUGUGCCCCGCUUGCGGGGUGGACAAGGAAACGAACAUGCACCCCUUCUCAGCUAACUGCCCGGCUAACGUGGACAUAGCUACCCGCACGGCCCAACAGGUACAAAGCCUCAUACUCGCCGCUGCAACUACUGCUGACCCCGUCGCCACUGAUAUUCCCCUGUGGUUUCACGCUGGCAACGCUACACUCGGCACCGCCCCCUGCGCAUAUGCCCCCUUCGAAGAGCUUCGUCAGUAUGCUCCGGAUAUGGGCACCCUUGGUUACGUCCCCAGCGCGCUACGCAACGCGCUUGACUAUUAUGGUAUCCCUGAUAAGGGCACCCUCAUUCGAAACAUUGCUGUUACCAUCGCCAAAGGUGCACACUCUAUCUGGCUGGCCCGAUGUAAAACCCUCGUGGACAGUAACGCCUGGAAGACGGCGCACGAUAGCGCCAAAUCCCUAGUGGAGGCCGGCGCAUAG